AUGAACGCACACCUUCCACGAUGGAUGGAUUCUCCACGAUCCUCCAGUAGUACUAUUCGCAAGAAACAGAACAGCAGUGGUUCGGAAAGUCUCAAUGUUCAGAGCUGUGUUGUGGAACAAAAUUCAAAUUCUGAACGUGCUGGUCCAAUCAUGAUGCAUCAUAGUAACGACAUUUCUCUCAUCAUUCGUUUCGAACAAGUGCUUUCUGAUCAAGAGAGUCGAAGGUUAUUUCAUGAAUUUCUUAAAUUUCAUCGAACAGAAGAACCAUUACUCUUUUUGAACGAUUUGGAAGAGUAUCAACAUGAGUAUGAACAGUUGAUUUUUCAAUCGUCAUCAACAAGAGAUUCAAACCGUGUAAGGUCCUCAUCCUUGAAAAUUACUGCUAGAAAAUCUGUGAAAUUGAACCGAUUGUCCAUUUCAUCGAGUUUAUCCGUGGACUCCUUGUCAAGUUCUUGUAGUUCUAAAAGCAGCUUUAAUAACUCGAGCUCAAUAUUCAUAGAUGAUGGUGUACAUAGUCACAGUGUUCAUGUACACAAUUCGCCCUUUCUCGAAGUGGGUUCAACAAGUAUUGAUAUUCCAAUUCCUCCUACAAAUUUCUCUCCAACUUUACACACCAAAAGAAAGUCUCUCAAAACACAUUCCAAAAGGUUAUUCAAAGAGUUAACGCAAAUUUUCGACAAACUCCAAAAAAUCAUUGAAAAUUACAUCCGCAAUGGUGCUAGGCAUGAACUGAAUAUUGGAUCUCAUCAAUUAGUGGUUUUGGACAUGUUUUCGACCAUUUAUGGCAAUUUUUCACACCUCGUGAAUUCCUCUUAUGAAAUGCAUUCCAUUGAACAUGCUGUUAGCACUCUUCUUCAACAGAUGGAUCCAGAGGUGUUAUUUGCGAAACUUGUACAAACUGUUCAUCAAGAUUUGAAAUCUGAGUUAUUUCCUCGAUUUGUACGAAGUGAAUUGUUUUUGAAUUUGGUGAAAGAAAAAGGAGAAGAAUACUUUUUGCGACAUGCCACAAAUUCUCCAUGUGUUAGCCACGAUUCCAUCCCACCCUUGCUUGUUUUAGAUGCAUCAAGAAGUAAUUCCAUUUCUAAACAAGUGUUAACUUUUGGUUUACGUUUAGCACAGGAAGGUCUCAAUCAUUGGAAACUGAUUCAUGAAAAAGUGACGAAGAACGACCACGUGAAAAUGCGUCUUUUCACCUCCGAGAGAACUACUCUACCAAUCAUGGGAAUGGACGAAUCAACAACAACUAUGAAACGUUCAAUGAAAUUUCUCAAAUGUGACCUUGAAAUACCACAAUCUUUCGAGAACGUAGUGAACGCAUGGAUUUCAUAUUUGGAACAUCAAGAAGAAGUCAUCCUUCGAGAUUAUCUACGACCAACGAAUAUAGAUGGCGCAUGCCAGGUUGGAGAAACUCCUAUCUCAGAUUUGGACAUUCUUUCACCUAGCUCUCCUUUGUUAUUACCAGCAAGUGAUUGUUCUCCCUUUUGCAUUCAAAAAUGUGAUUUUCAUAUGGACAUGCACAUUCCAUGUGUGAAAAAAAGAACCUUUCCAGCAGUUGCAACCUCAGUCGGCGAUGGACAUACCAUGUCCAUGUUUGCAUUUCGAUCGAUUGCAUGCUUGGAUGAACAUCAUUCAUCAUUGAGCUUCAUGCCUUGUUUAGGGUUUUUCAUCUUUUACAAAUUAGGUGAAGACAUGACACGAGUGUGUCACUUACUAGCUGCCGAUUUUUCCUUACCAUUCCUCAACUCAGAUCUGUUGUAUGAAUCAUUUUGGAAAGCGAGAGGUUCGAAAUUGGCUAAAGAGUUGAGCCAGCAAUGUGACAAUCCGUCUCAAGAUUCUUUACGAUUUAAACAAACCAUCAGGGAAAAUGCAAAAACAUUUUCCAACUCAUCAUCUCCACCACAAUGGUGGUACCAGAUGACGUCUACGACGACAUUCCUUGAUUAUAAAUAA